AUGGCUGUUGCGUUCGGGGGCUUCUCGAUUCGGUAGGGGUGCCCCAUCUCAAUCAUGUUCCGUGUCCCUGUGGCCGUUGUUGUGUUUUUCUCUGUUGUUUCUGAGUUGUGAGUCGGAUGCAGCGAGUACGCGGCCGGAAUGAGGAACGCGGAUGCCAGCAAGUGCUGGCCCUUUGAUGGGGAAGUCCGGGAGAACCGACUGCCUCCAAUCCAUUGCCGCAAGUAUCGGUGGUGGUCCUCGGAGCUGCAGAUCGCCAGAUCCAGCGAGGCAUGCGAACGGCCGACGGACGCCGUGGAGCAACCGUGCGCGGCGGUCUCUUGUGACGUCUCCGCCAGGGCUGCUGGGGGAGAGGAGGUCAAUGAUGGCGAACCUUCGCUAACGAGCACAAACGCAGCGGUUGCGGAUCAGCCUGGGGUUCUCUUCCUCUCAUCAAAGACAUCUACCGCGGACGAGGACGGAGAGGGGCAGACCGGGUCUCCAGAGAAGGCGAAGACGAGGACUCCGAAGAAGAGAUCUAUCGUGGAACUUUUCGCGGUGGCGCCGGAGGUCAGAGACGUCGGAGACGAAGAGAAAAGCGAUAACGGUGAGGUAGUAAUCCCUGAAGUUGAAGCUUCCAAAGAAGACGUUGACGAUGAAGAAUUGGACUGGUGUUCUAUGGAAGAGCAAAGAAAGCGCAAGAAAGAGAACAUGCAGAUGCCGAUGAGAAAGAGGACUAAAAAGAAUUUCGCAAAGAAGAUCCAAGCCAAGGAGCGGAGGGUGAUGAAGAAGAUGAAAAAUAAGAAGCCAAGGUUUCUGACGAAGCAGCAGAAGCGGGAAAACAGCUUCACAAUCGACGUCGCCAAAAAGGUAAUACCAAUUCAUGGAAACAUUUCGAAACUUCCGGCAGUAAUUUGGACUUAAGGACUAGGAAUGUGAUGUAUGAGAUCCACGGUGUUUGUAGCCAUUCUAUUAUUUUCCCUUAAUGCCUCAACCCAUCUCCCUUUCAAACUUGGAACAGUGGUACGUACGAAAAAGUUAACGCGUCGAUCAUGAAUAACUUCACAUCCGAGCGAACCACUUUAUAGUUUUACUGAGGUAGAUAUGGUUGUCUAGAAGUUUGUUGUCCCAUUAAGUGGUCACGGUAUCAUCUUUUUGGAUUACCCAUGGACUUUCUUUGUUCCCAAGGUGUAAAAAAUGUUAUUAUUGACUUAUAAAACCGUUUUCGGAAAUGCUUCCAGGGUCGUUGCUCCACGUUUCAGCAUCUACAUAAUGCAAUCAUUUCGUUGUGAUACUCCAUGUCAUUUCACGUGGAAUGUGAAAGUAUUCCACUCACAUAUGAUCACGCUUGUUGAGGAAAUUACUCCAGAGUUAUAUUUUCUUUAUGAACGCUGGGUUGAGCUAAGAAUCGCCUCGUACUUGUUCACUUAGCUGUUGCCCAUGGUUUUCUUAUGUGGUGCACAUGGUGGUACAUUGGGAAACGCGAGGGUGAAAGGGGAAAGAGAUCACCAUUUGCUCGUUUUUUUAAAUAUCCUCUCGAAAACUUCUCAUGAUUCACAUUAAUUUCUGUCAUUUUAUGAUAAAAGUAAUGCUAAGUUCAUGUUUUACUCCGAACGUCUACGUAUCAUCGAUGGAUGUGGCACAUUCAUCAGAUAUUCUGCCCUUCCUACCCAGCUUUUCCAUUAUCACAGGGGGAAUAUUCUUUUAUUUCUUGCUUUAAUUCCGUCAGAACGCUUAUCAUUCUUUUCAUGUUUUAUCUCCAGCUUGUGUGUGAAUGUAUAACUCUCAGUUUUUGUGUUUCAAAUGAUUUGAUUAGUCUGUUUUACUUCUGACUUUUUCGCACAAAAGUUCGAUUCCAUCACGCUCGUAAAAAACAUGAAUUGUGGUAAUCUGUUUACUCGUGAGGAAAAUAAAUAAGCCAUAGAGGGAAAGGAAACAUCAACUGGGUAAGAUGGAAGAAAUCUUCGGCGAAUUGAUUAAAGGUCUACCUAAGGUUCCCUAUAUUAUUACAAUCUGGAGAACUUCUUAUCAGGAUACCAGAAAAAUGUGCUGAGCCUUUAUGUGUAA